AUGGCUAGCAAACUAAAGGCUAUGAGGGAGAGGUUUAAUGAUAUAUCAAAUGAUAGGGACCAAUUUCAGUUGAAGUUGGUAGGUUGUCCUUUAGAGACACGAGUUGUGACUAGGGGGAGGGAUCAAAGUCACUCUUUUGUACCUGAUGAAGAAGUUAUCGGGGGAGAAAAGGAUAAGCAAGCCAUCAUAGAUCUGUUGUUGGACUUUGAUGUGGAAGAUAAUGUUUCAUUCAUAUCAAUAGUGGGAAUUGGUGGGCUAGGAAAAACCGCACUGGCCCAAUAUGUAUUCAAUGAUGAGAAGGUCCAAGCUAAUUUUGAGUUGAAGAUAUGGGUGUGUGUGUCUGAUGUCUUUGACAUUAAAACAAUUGUUGAAAUGAUAAUUGGAUCUACAACUGGUAGAAAACCCAAAAACCUAAACAUGGAUCCAUUGCAAAAUGAACUUCGUAGAACUCUCAGCCAAAAGAAGUACUUACUUAUAUUGGAUGAUGUCUGGAAUGAGGAUAGUGAAAAUUGGUGUAAUUUGAAAAGACUUUUGAUGGGUGGUGCAAAGGGAAGUAAGGUAGUGAUGACUACACGAACCAACAUAGUUGCGGAGAUUACUAGUACUAUCUCAUCGUAUUUUCUAAAAGGCUUGUCAAGGGAUCAAUCCUGGUCAUUAUUGAAGAAAAUGGCAUUUAAAAAAGGCCAGGAGACCGUCAAUUCCAACCUCGAAGCAAUGGGGAUGGAUAUAAUAGAAAAAUGUCAAGGAGUACCUCUUGCUAUAAGGACGAUAGGGAAAGUCUUAUUCUUCAAAAAAACUGAAGAUGAGUGGUUAUACAUCAAGAAUACUAAACUCACAGAUGUAACUCAAUUAAAAGAUGGCAUUAUGUCGGUUUUAAAAUUGAGUUACAAUUAUCUCCCAUCACAUUUAAAAUGUUGUUUUGCAUAUUUUUCAUUGUUUUCCAAAGAUUAUUUGAUCGAUAAGUUGACAUUAAUACAAUUAUGGAUAUCACAAGGUUUUAUCCAAUCAUCAGAGGAGAGCCAUGAAGUAGAGCAUGUUGCCAAUGAGUACUUCAUGGAGCUACUUUGGAGAUCUUUCUUCCAAGAAGCAAAAGAAGAUGGAGGAAUGAAUAGGAGGUUUAAAAUGCAUGAUUUAAUUCACGAUCUUGCUGCACACUAUGUAUCAGAGACUGAUUGUAUACUAGUUGAUUCCAAUGCAAAAAAUGUGAAAGAAAAAGGACACCAUCUAUCGUUUCCAUUUUACAAUAUUUCAUUCUUUGAGGAGAAUUUAAGCACGUUGGUUAAAGCAAACAAAAUACAAACAUUUAUAUUGGCAUAUAAUAAGUGGAAAUAUGAUCAGGGAACAAUUGAAGAAUCAACUCUCAAAAAACUUAUUUCUACUUUUAGAUACUUGCGUGCAUUAGACUUACAUGGUUUAAAUAUGAGGAUGUUACCAAAUACCAUAGGUACUUUGAUGCAUCUAAAGUACCUUGACCUUUCCUCUAAUGAUAUUGGGGUUCUCCCUAGUUCUAUUACAAAAUUAGUGAAUUUGCAAACAUUAAAGCUCUGUCAGUGUAAAAAGCUUAGGGAGUUAACGGUAGAUAUUCAAAAAUUGGUCAGCCUCAAGCACCUUGACAUAGAUGGUUGUGAGAAUUUGACUCAUAUGCCAUGUGGAUUAGAGCAAUUGACUUCUCUUCAAACAUUAACCUUAUUUGUUGUGAGUAAGGAUCCUGUAAGUUCUUCCAAGCAUUGUGGUGGGCUAGCGGAAUUAAACAAGCUAAAUGACUUGAGAGGAAAAUUAGAGAUUAAAAAUUUGGCACGAUUGAAAGAUGCCACUCCAGAAUUCAAGGUUGCAAAUUUGAAGGAGAAGCAACGUCUCAGUGAGUUGAUAUUACAGUGGAAUCUAGAGAGUGAUGAUAGUGUAGAUGCCAGUGAUGAUGAAAAUUCCAUGGAUAGCCUUCAACCACACGAGCAUUUAAAAUCUUUGAAAGUGGACGGGUACAUGGGUGUGCGAGUUUCAAGUUGGCUUUCAUUCUUAACAAAUCUCGUUGAAUUAAGUAUACGCAAUUGUAAGAAGUGCCAAUAUUUGCCACCGUUGUAUCAACUCUCAUCUCUACGAGAACUAGAUAUUUGGGAUAUGGAUGGUCUGGAGUACAUGACUAACGGGGAUAUGAAUGAUGAGAUAUCUACUUCACUGGCAUUACCAUCAACAUUUUUCCCAUCCCUUGAGACACUCGAACUCGGUUGUUGCGAAAUCUAA